ACUAGUGGAUAGGGCUACUGUUAAUUAAGUAUCAGCUGCAAAGUGAAGUUAUUUUAAUGCAAGUUCAGGGUGCGGCAACAUUUUAUUUAUAUAUUUAAUCUUACCUCUGAGCAUAAGAGAAAAUAAGUGUUUUAUAAAACGAUCAAUUACAUUUGAUUGGGUGCUUUUUAUUACCAAUAUUGGUUUAUCUAUAAAGUACUGAAGGACAUUAAAAGUGCUGACAUUGGUGCCGAAAAUGCUCAACAACUCCAUUUUAUUUUCUGCAGUAAUAAUGGCAGCAGCGUCUCUGAGUUUGACCACUGUAGCUGCUGCUGACCCGAGUGAUUUCUGUUUCUGGACUAAAGUCACGUCAAACGGCGAGACCCAUCUCAGCUUCCUCCGACACCACAGAGAAACCCACCACCCCUCCUCCUCAUCCCUCCAUCUCUACCACAGUGUGUGGUCGGUGGAGAAUAGACUGGUCAACUGCGCAGUGAGUGACGACACCGCGGUUACAGACAACUACAUAUCUGUGUGUCGGGAGAAGAGCACCACAGCAGAGUUCUCUGACAGUCCUGGUGAACGUUUUGAUGUCAGUCCGCAGUUUGAAUUUGAAAGCCCCUGCGCUCCUGUUAGCUCUCCAACAGUCACCCAGCGCGAAGCCGUUGGAGAUGCCUCUGAGGAACUUACAGAGACAAGGAGUAAGAGGCACGCACGGAGCGUUAUUGAUGAUAUAGCGUUCCAGAAUCCUCUUGGAGACGGUGGUGACAGUUCCAGGGAUGUGACGCAAGCACACCGGCGCGUAAAACGUGGUUUAAUCGUACCGGGAACGCUUUGGUGCGGCUCAGGGAACAAGGCGGCGACCUAUGAGGAUUUAGGUGUGUUUGCAGAGACAGACAGUUGUUGCAGGGAGCAUGACCAAUGUCAGGACACCAUCCUGUCGUUCGAGACCAACUAUGGCGUUUUCAACAAAAACAUUUUCACCCUGUCCCACUGCCACUGUGAUAACAGGUUUCACCAGUGUUUACUGGGGGCUGAGGACAGUAUUUCAGACACAGUGGGAUACGUCUUCUUCAACCUGCUGAAGAUGCACUGCUUUGAGUUCUCCCACAGACUACAGUGCUCUCAGAGGAACUGGUUUGGCAUGUGUCAACAGUAUGAGAUGUCUCUGUAUGCUGUGGUUCAUCCUCCCACCUUCUACAACUCCACCCACCCGGACCCUGACCUAGAGGAGGAUGAAAUGGCUGACAAUACCACCACUACCAUCUCCACUCCCACUUCCACCUCCAGCUCCCCCUCCAACUCUUCCACCUCCACCUCCACCUCC